AUGCCUUCGAUACCGAUAUCGAUGGAUGAAGUUUUGUUAUCGCUAUGCUUUAGGCGUGAUUUAUUGGUUCAGAUGAGACCCAAACGACAUCGUGGAUCAUGUGACGCCUCAUUUGCGGUGUUUGACACACGAGGGUUAGAUGUUUGGUUAGCUGAUAACUCGAUAGGAGAUAUAGUAAUAGUAUUGCGGAUGGCUUUGAGCUUAUUACUGCACAUUUGUCGUCUUUGGAUAGAGCGUAGUGCACUCCAUUUGUAA